GGGCAAUGCGCAAGCGCGGGCGGAGGGCGGGCUGAAGCGGCUGAAGCGGCGGCGGCGGCGGCGGCGGCGGCGGCUCGGGCAGAGGGGCGGGAGCUGAGGCGGGAGCGGACCGGCUGGUGGGCGAGCGAGAGGCAGCGGAAUGGUGGACUACCACGCGGCGAACCAGUCGUACCAGUACGGCCCCAGCAGCGCGGGCAAUGGCGCUGGCGGCGGGGGCAGCAUGGGCGACUACAUGGCCCAGGAGGACGACUGGGACCGGGACCUGCUGCUGGACCCGGCCUGGGAGAAGCAGCAGCGCAAGACCUUCACGGCGUGGUGCAACUCCCACCUGCGGAAGGCAGGCACACAGAUCGAGAACAUCGAUGAGGACUUCCGAGACGGGCUGAAGCUCAUGUUGCUCCUGGAGGUCAUAUCAGGGGAGCGGUUACCUAAGCCAGAGCGGGGGAAAAUGAGAGUGCACAAAAUCAACAACGUGAACAAAGCACUGGACUUUAUUGCCAGCAAAGGCGUCAAGCUGGUCUCCAUCGGGGCAGAAGAGAUUGUGGAUGGCAACGCAAAGAUGACCCUGGGAAUGAUCUGGACCAUCAUCCUUAGGUUCGCCAUCCAGGACAUCUCCGUGGAAGAGACCUCAGCCAAGGAAGGGCUUCUUCUCUGGUGCCAGAGAAAAACAGCCCCGUAUAAGAACGUCAAUGUGCAGAACUUCCACAUCAGCUGGAAGGACGGUCUUGCCUUCAAUGCCCUGAUCCACCGGCACAGACCAGAGCUGAUUGAGUAUGACAAGCUGAGGAAGGACGACCCUGUCACCAACCUGAACAAUGCCUUUGAAGUGGCCGAGAAAUACCUCGACAUCCCCAAGAUGCUGGAUGCAGAGGACAUCGUGAACACGGCCCGCCCCGACGAGAAGGCCAUAAUGACCUAUGUGUCCAGCUUCUACCAUGCCUUUUCGGGAGCGCAGAAGGCUGAAACUGCCGCCAAUCGGAUCUGCAAGGUGCUGGCUGUCAACCAAGAGAACGAGCACCUGAUGGAGGACUACGAGAAGCUGGCCAGUGACCUCCUGGAGUGGAUCCGGCGCACCAUCCCCUGGCUGGAGGACCGUGUGCCCCAAAAGACUAUCCAGGAGAUGCAGCAGAAGCUGGAGGACUUCCGCGACUACCGGCGCGUGCACAAGCCACCCAAGGUGCAGGAGAAGUGCCAGCUGGAGAUCAACUUCAACACGCUGCAGACCAAGCUGCGCCUCAGCAACCGGCCCGCCUUCAUGCCCUCUGAGGGCAAGAUGGUCUCGGACAUCAACAACGGCUGGCAGCACUUGGAGCAGGCUGAGAAGGGCUACGAGGAGUGGUUGCUGAAUGAGAUCCGCAGGCUGGAGCGACUCGACCACCUGGCAGAGAAGUUCCGGCAGAAGGCCUCCAUCCACGAGGCCUGGACUGACGGGAAGGAAGCCAUGCUGAAGCACCGGGACUACGAGACAGCCACGCUGUCAGACAUCAAAGCCCUCAUUCGCAAGCACGAGGCCUUCGAGAGCGACCUGGCCGCGCACCAGGACCGCGUGGAGCAGAUCGCCGCCAUUGCCCAGGAGCUCAACGAGCUGGAUUACUACGACUCCCACAAUGUCAACACCCGGUGCCAGAAGAUCUGCGACCAGUGGGACGCCCUCGGCUCUCUGACGCACAGUCGCAGGGAAGCCCUGGAGAAAACAGAGAAACAGCUGGAGGCCAUCGACCAGCUGCACCUGGAGUACGCCAAGCGCGCGGCCCCCUUCAACAACUGGAUGGAGAGCGCCAUGGAGGACCUCCAGGACAUGUUCAUCGUCCAUACCAUCGAGGAGAUUGAGGGCCUGAUCUCAGCCCAUGACCAGUUCAAGUCCACCUUGCCGGACGCUGACAGGGAGCGUGAGGCCAUCCUGGCCAUCCACAAGGAGGCCCAGAGGAUCGCUGAGAGCAACCACAUCAAGCUGUCGGGCAGCAACCCCUACACCACCGUCACCCCGCAGAUCAUCAACUCCAAGUGGGAGAAGGUGCAGCAGCUGGUGCCAAAACGGGACCACGCCCUUCUGGAGGAGCAGAGCAAGCAGCAGUCCAACGAGCACCUGCGCCGCCAGUUUGCCAGCCAGGCCAACGUCGUGGGGCCCUGGAUCCAGACCAAGAUGGAGGAGAUCGGGCGCAUCUCCAUUGAGAUGAACGGGACCCUGGAGGACCAGCUGAGCCACCUGAAGCAGUAUGAACGCAGCAUCGUAGACUACAAGCCCAACCUGGACCUGCUGGAGCAGCAGCACCAGCUCAUCCAGGAGGCCCUAAUCUUCGACAACAAGCACACCAACUACACCAUGGAGCACAUUCGCGUGGGCUGGGAGCAGCUGCUCACCACCAUUGCCCGUACCAUCAACGAGGUGGAGAACCAGAUCCUCACCCGCGACGCCAAGGGCAUCAGCCAGGAGCAGAUGCAGGAGUUCCGGGCGUCCUUCAACCACUUCGACAAGGACCAUGGCGGGGCGCUGGGGCCCGAGGAGUUCAAGGCCUGCCUCAUCAGCCUGGGCUACGACGUGGAGAACGACCGGCAGGGUGAGGCCGAGUUCAACCGCAUCAUGAGCCUGGUUGACCCCAACCACAGCGGCCUUGUGACCUUCCAAGCCUUCAUCGACUUCAUGUCUCGGGAGACCACCGACACCGACACAGCCGACCAGGUCAUCGCCUCCUUCAAGGUCCUGGCAGGGGACAAGAACUUCAUCACAGCUGAGGAGCUGCGGAGAGAGCUGCCCCCCGACCAGGCUGAGUACUGCAUUGCCCGCAUGGCACCGUACCAGGGCCCCGACGCCGUGCCCGGCGCCCUCGACUACAAGUCCUUCUCCACGGCCCUGUAUGGCGAGAGCGACCUGUGAGGCCCCGGAGACACCCGGACCCAACACCCGCCACGGCCUCCGGGAGGGGCCGGGGCAGCCCCACAGUCCCUUCCUCCACUCUGUAUCUAUGCAAAGCUCUCCGCAGUCCUCCGGGUGGGUGGGCGGGCAGGGAGGGGCUGGGGCAGGCUCUCUCCUCUCUCUCUCUGGGUUGGCCAGGAGGUUCCCCCCGACCAGGUUGGGACUGGGGAGACUUGGGGCCAGUGCUUCUGGUCUGGUAAAUAUGUAUGAUGUGUUGUGUUUUUUUAACCAUCGUGGAGGGGCCAGUGGAUUCCCACAGCAAAACCAGCCCCUUCCAUGCCCUGGGGAUGCCCCACCACACCCAGGUCUCUUCCUUUUGCCCUGAGGUCCCUUCAAGGCCUCCCCCAUCCAGGCCAAAGCCCCAUGUGCCUUGUCCAGGAAACUCCUGGGCCCUGCGAGGGGCCAGCAGAGGGCGCCACCGCCACCCGACGGCUGGGGACCCACCCAGCCCCUCUCCCCUCCCUGCUCCAGACUCACUUGCCAUUGCCAGGAGAUGGGGGCCCCAACCAGCACCCCACUUUCGCAGCAGAGAAGCUGAGUUGGCAGACCAGGCCCCCCGGCCCCCACCCCAUCCCACCAGCUCCGGCCUUGCUUUGGCCUCACGUGUCUCAGAUUUUCUAAGGACCAAAAAAAAAGAAAAAAAAACACAAAACAACAAAAACCAAAAAAAAAAAAAAAAAUCAUCACAAAAAAAAAAAAACUAUAAAAAAGAAAAACUUUCAGAGGAUUACUAUUUACUUAUUAACUUACGGAUUUAUUAUAUAAAUAUAUAUUCACCUAGCAACAUCUCUCUGCCGUCUCCUGCUCUCACAAUGAAGACAUAGCCGAUUCUCUUCCGGGCCCCUUGCUGAUGCUCCUCCGGGUCUGCGUCGGGCGAGGGUCUCUGGGGACCCUCCAGAGGUGGAGGUGGGCUGCUGGCCUGGCUGCCUGGUGGUUGAUGGUUUUGCUCCCCCUACCCUUUUUUUUUUUUUUUUUUGAGUUUAUUCUGAUUGAUUUUUUUUCUCGGUUUCUGGAUAAACCACCCUCUGGGGACAGGAUAAUAAAACAUGUAAUAUUUUUAAGAAGGA